GUACAGUCAGCACAACAAGACACAGCUACGGAGUGUGUGUGCAUGUAUUAGAGGAAGUACUAUAUAGCUCAAGUCAGUAGAGAGUUGAUAUCGCUACUUAUAUACCUAUAGCUAUCUAUUUGUUUUGCAAGUACAUCGUGAGUACAUCAUUCCAAUAGAUCACUCUUGCUUAGCGACAGCGACAUUCCAACCAAUUAUAGAGGAAUUUUGAACAACAAAUUGCCACUUAACAACCACAACUUCUAUAACAAUGCCUGCAGCUGAACAAUAGUUUAGAAGAACAGAACGUUGUACAAACAAAAUUACUGCUGCAGUAUUGAACAUUAGAAAUAUGGCUGAUAGUCAAUUGCCAGUAGUAGCUGAGGAGUUGAGUUGUAGUGUGUGUCUGAGUGGUUUCAGAGAGCCUAAAGUGUUGCCGUGUUGUCACAGCUUCUGUCUCCAUUGUCUGGAGGGAGCUCACGAGAAGACUAAAGACCACCUCACCUGUCCUCAGUGCAGGGCACAGCAUCGGAUUCCUGCUAGUGGCGUGUGUGGCUUCCUCACGGACUACACUCUCCUCAGCCCAAGGUUAUGUGACAGGGACCACCCCCAGCAGCCCUGUGAGCAGUGUGAGGAGGGGGGCAGGGGAGUGGCCUACUGUGUCACAUGCUCAGACUACCUCUGUACAGACUGUCUACAAGGACACAAGAAAUACAAGCCGUUGAGACAACACGAGAUAGUCGAUCUACACGAGGAAGGAGGGGAGCCAUUAUCCAACAGAGGUGGAUCGCGAGCUGUGUACACUUGUAGUAUUCAUGUGAAUGAGCCCCUGAGGCUAUACUGUCAGACUUGCCAGGCACUAGUUUGUCUGCAUUGCUUCGUACUGCUACACAAUGGCCACGAUAUUGGAAAUAUCGACACUAAGAGAAGAAAAGGACUAGAAAAAACUAUUAAAGAACUAGUCCGAGACACAAGACUUAGAUUGAAAGAAUUUGAAGGCAAUUUGCAGUACAUAAAAGCCGUUGAAAAGGAAAAGACUAAUGAAGCGGCACCAAUUAAAGAAGAAAUCAACAAAAAAUUCGAUUUCAUUAUUGCACAACUUGAAACAAGACGUCGGCAGCUGCUCAAAGAUGCUGACGAUGCACAGAGUAAAGAUGUCAAAGAGUUGUGGGGACAGAGGGAAUAUCACGAGACAGCCAUUACUCAAAUGAGAGGUGCUCUGAGCUUUGCCAAGAGGUCGCUAGGGUGUGAGGAACAUAUACAGCUGUUUGCCGUUAGCCCGCAGGUUACAGCUCGGCUAAAACAGCUGAGUCAGCUGAAAUGGGACUGCCAAUCGACUGAAAGACUGGAAAUGACAAGUUUACAUUUCGGAAGCAGCAAAGUUGAAGAUUUUCGCGCCCCAGUGAUUGAUUUCAAAGCCCUAGGGGCAGUACAUCGAACCAUUGCACCACCGGAACUGGAUAUAAUGUCUAAAAACAUCCCCAGCUCUGUACGAGUUGGUAGCUUGGUGGAGCUCCACAUUAAAGCCACACUAAGAUUGUAUGGGAGAGAGCUACUAAAGAGAGCUCACGGUUACAUACAUGUGACAGCAGCAGCUACUGUACAGAGAAAGGAACAAUCGGACAAGGCUAAUGCUCAAGUAUAUCAAGACGGUGAUGAUCUAUGGACUAUACAGUUCACUCCACUACACAAGGGAACCUAUUCUAUUUGCAUUGAGGCCCGUGCUGCAUACGGGCUGCAGGCCGUUAGCAACAAGUAUAGAUGUGACAUGCUUGCACUAUGAUUAUAAUGAUUACUAACAAAUUAAUAAUAACUCACAGCACAGGUUUUGUAAAAUAUAAUAAUGUUGCUAUUCCUGCCAUUGAGGA